AUGGGGUGGGCAGUAAUAGGUACAAUAGCAGCAAGAGCAGCAGCAACAAUAGGAGGAGGUGCAGCAGCAGCAGGAAGGAAGCUAGCAGCAUCAGGAGAAAAAUAUGCAUAUUAUAAUCCAAUUGCUGAGCAUUCUUCUUCUUCUCUUCCUUCCUCUGCAUGCGAAGGUCUUAUUGUCCCUGACUACGAGGACGAUGUCUUCUAUGCUGAUGAUGAUCCUGCUGCUGCUGCUGCUGCUGCUGUUUAUGAUGAUGCUGCUAGGUAUUUAGUUCAUAAAAAGGCAAGAAGAGCAGCAAGAGAUGCAGCAAAAGAAGCUAUUGCUGCAGCAAGAGAUGCAGCAACUAAUACACCAGCAGCAGCAGCAGCAGCAAGUGAUGAGGAUACACAACAACAGCAGCAGCAACAGCAACAGCAGCAACAGCAGCAACAACAAACAACAGCAACAAUAACAGAAGAAGAAGCACAAAGAGCAGCAGAAGCAGUAGAGACAGCAGCAGCAGAAGCAGCAGAUGCAACAGCAGCAGCAGAAGCAGCAGCAACAGCAGCAGGAGAUAGAGCUAUACUAUUACUACACGAGAUACAAAAUCUGUGGGGUGUAGGGGAGGACGUGCUGCAGCAGCUAGAUGAAGGUCAUCGUCUUCCUGCUGCUGUUGCUAUAUUACGUGUUGCUGCUGCUGAAUUAUCCUCUGUUGCUGCUGCAGCAGCAGCAGCAAAUGUCUCCUUACAGCCACAGCUAGAGGAGACAGUCAUGCUGCUGCUGCGGGGGGCAAGGCAGGUACAGAGGAGAUGGGGAGGUAGCUGCAGCAUGAUUAAUAGUGAUACAUGCAGCAGCAGCAGCAGUCCUACUACUGCAACAACAACCAGCAGCAGCAGCAGCAGCAGCAGCGGCAGCAGCAUCAGAAGAAGCAGCAGCAGCAGCAGCAGCAGCAACAGCAGCAGCAACACGAAUAGGGAGAUGAGGAAUAUUAUGAAGUAUUUAGUUACAUUAAGGGACGGAGAAUUUACUUAUACAAGGAGCAACAGGGGAGAAGAGGAGGAGGAAGAAGAAGAGGAGGAGGAGGAGGAGGAGGAAGAAGGAGAGGGGGGGAGAGGACUGACAACAAUAGAGGCAGCAGCAGCAGCAGCACGAGCAGUAAAUGCAGCAGCAGCAGCAGCAGCAGCACGUGGUACAUUACCAACAUCACCAACAGGAGUAUCAGGAGCAACAGCAAGAGGAAGAAGAAGAGGAGAAGCAGCAGCAGCAGCAGCAGCAGCAGGAGCAGGAGCAGGAGCAGGAGCAGGAGAAGAAGCAGUAGCAAAUAAGACAAGAAGAAGAGGAAGGAGACACAGAGGAUUAUUAGGUAGUCCUCCUGGUGUAGAGACAAGCAGCGCAGGUCUCCUUAAUAGUUCAUUUGCUGCUGCUGCUGCAGCAAAUGCAGUUGCUGCUGCAGCGCAGCAAGCAACUAGUUACUAUGAUACCUUCUAUGCAUAUCCAGUUAUGCAGGCAGCAGGAUAUCAGCAAUCAGGGGCAGAAGGAUGGCAGCAGCAGCAGCAGCUGUAUCUGCUGCAGCAUCAGCAACAACUAAUGCAGCAGCAACUGUUAUUGCAGCAGCAGCAGAUAUUGUUGCAGCAGCAGCAGCAAUUGCUGCUGUGGGGUGUCUAUGGACCUGUAGCACAUAAUAUAAUAAUAUCUCCUUUCUUUGCAAAUGUAGCAGCAGCAGCAAAUGCAGCAGCAGCAGCAAAUGCAGCAGCAGCAGCAAAUGCAGCAGAGAUGAGACACCAGAGGGACCCGCGCAUGCGUACAUCAAGACGUACAAGAGAUGUAGCAACUGCAGCAGUUGCAGCAGCAAAUGCAGCAACUGCAGCAAGUCAAGCAAGUGCAGCAGCAGCAAGAGAAGCAGCAGCAGCAGCAGUAACAGGUGAUGAUACACUAAGCAUAACAAGUAGUAGCGCAACAUCAAGCAGCACAGGCAGCAACAGCAGCAACAACAGCAGCAACAACAGCAGCAACAGCAGCAGCAACAGCAGCAAGAGCAGCAAGAGCAGUGGUAGUUCAGCAACAAGUACAAGUACAAGAAACACAUCAACAAGAAGCGGCAACACUAGCUACACCAGCAGCAACAGCAGCAACAGCAGCAGCAACAGCAGCAGCAGCAGCGGGAGCUACUCCCUUGAUAGUAUGAUCAUGAGUAGGGCAGCAAGAGAAGAAGAAGAAGAAUUUCUUUUUAUAGAUGAUGAUGAUGAUGAUGAUGAUUGGCAUCCUUUUGUACGAGCAGAGGUAAUAGAGGAAGAAGAGGAGGAGGAGGAGGAGGAGGAGGAGGAAGGAGGAGGAGGAGGAGCAGCAGCAGCAGGAGCAGCAGCAGCAGGAGCAGGAGGAGGAAGAAAUAGAUUAUAUAGAGCAAGAAAAAGAAAAGAAGAAGCAGAUGCAGCAGCAGCAGCAGCAGAUCAAUUAUUUGCUGCAGCAACUAUAAGCAGAGCUGCUGUGUCUGAGGCAACAGGGGCAUUAAUAAAGUAUAGAGUAAAUAUAUUAUUAGAUAAGCAAGCAGCAGCAGCAGCAGCAGCAGCAGCAGCAACUGCAGCAAAUAUUGCUGCUGCUUCUAAUAUACAACAUGAUUAUUCAUUACCAUCUACUCCUUCCUCAUCUAUUUCUUUCCUUCCUUUUUAUUAUUCAUUAGUCCCUCCUGUGUCUCCUCUCUCUUCUUCUUCUUCUUCUUCUGCUGCAGCAGCAGAUCCAGCAGCAGCAACAGCAGCAGCAGCAGCAGCAACAGAAGAAGAAGAAGAAGGAGAAGGAGACAAAGCAGCAGCAGCAGCAGCAAACAGGGAUGCGCAGCAAGCAUUACUUGAUGUAUUUGCUGCACUGCAGCAGCAAAGAGCAACACAGCUACUUAGAUAUAGAUCAACAGCAGCAGCAAUAAGAUCAGUAGAGGCAGCAGCAGGAGCAUAUAUAAUAUCUUCUGUUGCUUCUCCAUCAGUAGUAGCAGCAGCAGCUGCUGCUGAGCGUCGUCGUCAUACUCCACCAGCAGCAGCAGCAGCAGCAGCAGCAGCAGCAGCAGGUACUGCUGCUCCUCAUCCUCCUAUGCUCGUACAGCUCAGCGAAUUAUUCAGCAGCAGCAGCAGCAGCAAGCAGCGUCUUAAGACUUCGCUGCAGCAAUUGGAGCAUAUUAGGCAGCUGCAGCAAAUGCAGCAAAUGCAGCAUGCGCAGCAGCAGCAGCAGCAGCAGCAGCAGCAGCAGCUAGAGGGAUUAAAUAGUAGACAAAGAAGAAGAUUAAGGAGACAGCAGCAGCAUGCACUGCAUGACCAAAAGCUUCCUGCACAUCAAGAACAGGAAAGGAUAAUGCAGCAGCAGCACCAGCAGCAGCAGCAGCAGCAGCAGCAGCAACAGCAGCACCAGCAGCAAGAAGAAGAAGAAGAGGAAGAAGACGACGAAGAAGAUCUAACAUCUCUUAGUCGUAUAUCUGGCUCGACACAAGAAUAUGAUGAGCAAGCAGCAGCAGCAGCAGCAGCAGCAGCAGCAGCAGCAGCAGCAAAUGAAUCAGAUACAGAGAGCGGCUAUGAUGAAAUCCCCGUGACCCCUGGCCUUGAUUACUUUGAUGAUGAGUUAGCUGAUCUUGCUGCUGCUGCUGCAGCAGCAGCAGAUGAUGAUGAUUAUCCUGCUGCAUAUAUUCCUCGUACUCCUUCUCCCUCUGGUGCAGCAGCAGCACGAGCACCAGCAGCAGCAACAAUAACACAAGCAGAAGAAGGUUAUAUUCGUUCUCCUCCUGCAGCAGCAGCAAGACAUGCUGCUGCUGGUAGUCUAUUGUAUAGACCUCCUUCUGCUGCUGCUGCUGCUGCUGCAGCACGUAUAAGUCGUGGUAAUCGUCCUCCUUCUUUUGCUGCAGUUGCUGCUGGUCGUACCCGUCAUCCUGUAGGAAGAACAGCAGCAGCAGCAGCAGCAGGUGUUGAUUCUUAUUGGUUCUUCCCUGAUAAUAAGGAAGCAGCAGCAGCAGCAGCAGAAGCAGCAACACAGGACCUGCAUGAUGCAGCAGCAGUAAGGGAGGUAUGGGGCCCCUCUGCGGUGUAUCUUGAGCCUCUGCAGCAAGUACCUACAUGGGAGGAUCCUGCUGCAGCAGCAGAAGCAGCAGCAGCAGCAGCAGGAGUUGAAGGUGACGUAAAUGGUGAUAAAGAUGAUGCUGGCAGCAGCUGCAGCAGCAGCAGGUGCAGCAGCAGCAGGAGCAGCACCAAGAAAGAAGAAGAAGAAGAAGAACAAGAUAAUACCUCUCCUUCUUGGCUCUCCUCCUCCCUUCGUGUACUAAGAAGACCAUUAAUAAGCGUAAGACCUCCGCAGCAGGACGAUUCACCUCCGCAGACACCUGAGGAGGAGGAGCAGCAGCAGCAGCAGCAGCGGCAGCAGCUAAAGCAGCAACUUAGACAUAUGCGACGUGCUGCACAACAAAGCCAUCAGGUGCAACAGCAGCAGCAAAGACAACAGGAACAGCAACAGCAGCAACAGCAGCAGCAGCAACAGCAGCAACAGGAGCAGGAAGGGCAGCAAGAGGAGGCGCAGCAACAGCAGCAGGAGGAAGACGACGAGCAGCAAGACGAAGAGCAGCAAGACGAACUGCAGCAACAGCAGCAGCAGGAGCUGCUCGAGAAGCAAGAGGAUCAAGCACAGAUGCAGUAA